UUAUUUAAAAAAUUAUAAUUGCUAACCUUGGCAGCGCAGUCUGCGGUAGCUAGUGCGCAAAGAUGUUUACCAACAACCUUCCGUAGUCAGUACAUCUAAUUAUUGUAUUGAAAAAACAGUGAUGGCUAGUGGUUCCAAUUCCAUAGCCGUACCUCGCGAAAUGGAGAAAAAAAAAUCACCUCAGUUAAGUUUCAAAAGACGAACUGUUGUUGCCAACUCGGAUUCGGAUGCCAGUGUAGAUAGCAACACACCUUCAGUAGAAUCGAAAGAUGACGGUUUUAUUUAUCAUAAAAGGAAACUUGGACGAGAACCAGGUUCUAAAAAAAUUAUACGUCGUGGUACAGAAUGGGAGAUAGUUGAAGGUCUAAAAGAUGGACAAAGAUAUGACAAAAAACCAGACAUCUUUAAAGGUUAUUUACACAAGAAACGAAAGUGGCCACUUAAAGGGUGGCAUAAGCGUUAUUUUGUAUUGGACAAAGGAAUAUUAAAAUAUGGAAAAAAUCCAUUGGACAUGUCUAGAGGUAAAAUUCAUGGUCAAGUUGACAUUGGACUAUCUGUUAUAUCUACAAAAUAUCAACGAAAACGACUAGACAUUGAUGCUGAAGAAUUUAUUUACCAUUUAAAAGCAAAAACAUUUGAAGCAUUUUCUGAAUGGGUAAAAGAAAUCAAGCAACAUCGGCUUUAUAGACAACAUGUUUUAACUUUUGGUCAAACAAAGCAGACACAAUCUCCACUACAAAAAAAAACAUCUUUAAUAUCUCCUGUAGAGUCAAUUAAAAACUGUACUCCAAACGUACGUUUAAAUGGUUGGUGUUCACAAUUAGAUUCAGCAAAUUCAGAAAUUAAACAAGUUGAACAAAAUUUGAAGUCUUUAAAUCGAAUACUUGAUCAAUUAGAAUCAGUUGAUAAUGAUGUUGGUGUACUCGAUGGAAUUCCAGUUACAAAAAAGAGCACCAGGUUUCGUUUGCGUAAGAAAAAAAGUGGUGGUGGUAGUUGGGGUGGUACAAUUGCUGGAUGGGGAAUUGAUAUGAAUCAAUCAAUUAGUCAAUCAACAAAUAAAGCUGUUGAUAUUACUGACUCGUCUGGUUUUCCUACUGGAAUAGCUUCUCAACAUUUGUCCAAUAGUAAUCCGUCAUUAACUGUUAAUCCGUCACCUAGUGAUCUUCAGCUGUAUACAGAUUUUGUUAUUUUAGCAAAAGAUAUUCAAAAUAGUUUUAAGUGCUUAAUGAAUGCAAUAAAUGAAGAACGCAGUCAUAUUUUUGUCGGAGAUGCAACCGAUGACAAAUUAUCUAAUUAUCGAAUAGCUUUAAAUAAAGCUAUUCAACAGAAUAGUGAACUUCGUGCAAAAUUAAAUAAUAUUCAUAUUACUUCAGAUGCAUCAAAUUUUCCAGAUCCCGUACUAAGUUCUUCACUAUCAUAUAGUUCUGGUGUUAGUGGUUCAGAAGUAUUUUUUGAUGCUGAAGAGUAUCAAGGUGGUAAAAUCAAUGAUUGUAAUGAAACUGUAACAAAUGAAUUAAUUGCUGGUGAAGUGGUUACUCAAACUUCAGAUACAUCUUCUGAAGCAGGAUCUUUAUCAUCUGAAGAUGGUUCUAUAUCAUCAGAAAACAGUGAUGGGGCCACAUCUGAGUACAAUAAUCCGCAAGGACUAGAUUGUGGAGGAUCUGGUGAUAUCAGGAAUAUGACUGGACGGCGUACUAAACUACCAUGUCCAAAACCUGAUACCGAAGGAUUGUCCUUAUGGAAUCUCUUAUGCAAAAACAUUGGUAAAGAUCUUUCCCAAGUGUCCAUGCCAGUUGCACUUAACGAACCUCUAAAUAUGUUACAGCGUAUGUGUGAAGAACUAGAAUACAGUGAACUUUUAGAUAAAGCAUCUGAACAAUCUGAUGUUUAUGAACGCAUGGUAUAUGUAGCAGCAUUUGCAGUGUCUAGUUACGGAUCCAGUUAUUAUAGAGCUGGUUCAAAACCAUUUAACCCACUUUUGGGCGAAACCUAUGAAUGUAUACGAGAUGAUAAAGGUUUCAAAUUCAUUGCAGAACAGGUUAGUCAUCAUCCACCAGUAAGUGUAUGUCAUGCUGAAUCAAAAAAUUUUAUAUUUUGGCAAGAUGUUAGAAUCAAGACAAAAUUUUGGGGGAAAUCUAUGGAAUUUCAACCAACAGGGUAUGUGAAUGUACAGUUACUAUGUCAUGAUAGCAAAGAUCAUUAUAGAUGGAAUAAGGUGACAACUUGUGUUCAUAACUUAUUUGGCGGACAAAGAUCUGUAGAUCAAUAUGGUGAACUGAAAAUUACUAAUUUGGAUAAAAAUAUUACAUGCAAAUUAACAUUUUUGAAGGCUAGUUAUUUUUCUGCUAAACGUCAUGAAAUUCAUGGUGUUGUAAUUGAUGAAAAUGAAGGAAAAGUUGUACGUAAACUAUUUGGUAAAUGGAAUGAAGCUCUAUAUUGUGGAGUCGCUGCUGCACCAUCUGCAAAAUGUAUAUGGAGACCAGGGACUAUGCCAGAAGACUAUGAGUUAUAUUAUGGAUUUACGAGAUUUGCAAUGGAAUUAAACGAGCUUGACUUAGAAACAGCCAAAUUUUUACCAAAAACCGAUACUAGAUUUCGGCCAGAUCAGAGGCUAUUAGAAGAAGGUGAUCUGAAUCGUGCUGAAUCUAUGAAACUCAAUUUAGAGCAAACACAACGAGAACGUCGUAAACAAAAAGAGGAAACUGGAGAACAACAUGAACCCAAAUGGUUUAGAAAAACUAUUAGAAAUGGUAUUGAAACUUGGGAAUAUAAUAAUACGUAUUGGGAUGUACGUAAAAACCCAGGAUUUACUAAUUACCAAUUUGAAAAACUUUGGUGAAUGUUACCAUUAAGUGUUAUGUAAUCAGUGUGUCAUUUGGUCAGUUAGUGGUGAUAUGGUUUAGGUUAGCCUUUUGGUGUAAUAACAUUUGUUGAACAAAAUUAUAUGAAUCAAAUAG